ACAAAGUAAUCAUUGUUGGUCUGGAUAAUGCAGGAAAAACGACCAUUCUUUAUCAAUUCUCCAUGAACGAAGUGGUGCACACCUCGCCCACCAUCGGGAGUAACGUGGAAGAGAUAGUGGUUAACAACACGCGCUUUCUGAUGUGGGAUAUCGGAGGGCAGGAGUCCCUUCGGUCUUCGUGGAACACCUACUAUACAAACACUGAGUUUGUGAUAGUUGUUGUGGACAGCACAGACAGAGAGAGAAUUUCUGUGACUAAAGAAGAGCUGUACAAAAUGUUAGCACAUGAGGACUUAAAAAAAGCAGGUUUGCUGAUCUUCGCUAACAAGCAGGAUGUUAAAGAGUGUAUGACAGUAGCUGAAAUAUCUCAGUUUCUGAAACUGACUUCAAUUAAGGAUCACCAGUGGCACAUUCAGGCGUGCUGUGCUCUAACUGGAGAGGGACUGUGCCAAGGACUUGAAUGGAUGAUGUCAAGACUUAAGAUCAGAUGAUUUUUAAUGACCUCUUUGCACAGACAUUGCUUAAAAAGAGCUGUACCCAUGAUUACCUUCACAGUGGCAGAAUUAAUGGGUUAGAUGUAUUUAUACUGAACUGAUUUCAACUUUAUUUUCUACAUAGAUGCACACACACAUACGUGUAUAUAAAUUAAGACCAUUCAGCAAAAAGAAAGAUGCAUUGAGGCUCCGGUUUGGUUUCCUGUUCGGUUUCCUCUGAGGAUGCAUUUAAAAGCUGUGAUCAACUGUCUUUGCAAGAUACAGCCUCCUGGAACAGUCCGACGUUGGGCGUGGUGAAGAUGAAGUGAGAGGAAGGAGCUUUUAAUUUUGAGUUUUAUUAUUCCAUUGUAGUCCUCUCUAGUUGAAGAUGUUGGCUUCAUUAUUCCAGUAAAUUAGCAAACAAAUCAAUGGCAUAGAUAUCAACUUUCCAGUAUUUUUAAAGUUACCGAUGUUACAAAUGCAAAAAUAUUUUCCUGUAUGUGUACUGUACAUAUUUGUGUAUAUUUAUACCUCAAUUUUAGGUUAAUUGCAAUCUGUUCAGACCAGUGUGUAAAGCUGAAUCAGUAUGUUGACAGUAGUACUAAUAUUUGACAUCGCCAACGUGUCACGACUUCUUCUCCUUUGUUACCUGUGUGGCUGUAACAUCCAUCAGA